CGCGGGUGCUGAUGUGUCGGGGAGGCGGGACUUAGGGGAGUUUUCCCUCGCGGCGCCACCUACUCGGGCGCUGUCGCUGUGGCCGAACUACCUCCCCGAGGCCAUGGUGGUGUCUGCUCGGUCUGCGCGGUCCCCGCCCGACUCAGAUAAAGUACAAAAAGAUAAAGCUGGACAGACCUCAGGGCGCCGUCAGGGCAGCCGAAUGGGGAAGCUCUUGGGUUUUGAGUGGACAGAUGUGUCCAGCUGGGGGAGGCUGGUGACCCUGCUGAAUAGACCAACGGAUCCUGCAAGCCUGGCAGUCUUCCGUUUUCUCUUUGGGCUGAUGAUGGUGCUGGACAUUCCCCAGGAGCGGGGGCUCAGCUCCCUGGACCAAAGAUACCUGGAUGGGCUGGAGGUGUGCCGCUUCCCGUUGCUUGACGCCCUGCAGCCACUGCCACUUGACUGGAUGUAUCUGGUCUACACCAUCAUGUUUCUGGGGGCGCUGGGCAUGAUGCUGGGCCUGCACUACCGGAUAAGCUGUGUGUUAUUCCUGCUGCCAUACUGGUAUGUGUUUCUUCUGGACAAGACAUCGUGGAACAACCACUCCUAUCUGUAUGGUUUGUUGGCCUUUCAGCUGACGUUCAUGGAUGCAAACCGCUACUGGUCUGUGGACGGCCUGCUGAAUGCCCGGAAGCGGAACGCCCACGUGCCCCUUUGGAACUAUGCUGUGCUGCGUGGCCAGAUCUUCAUCGUGUACUUCAUUGCGGGCGUGAAAAAGCUGGAUGCAGACUGGGUGGAAGGCUACUCCAUGGACUACCUGUCCCGGCACUGGCUCUUCAGUCCCUUCAAAUUUGUACUGUCUGAGGAGAUGACUAGUCUGCUGGUGGUGCACUGGUGCGGACUGCUGCUCGACCUCUCUGCCGGUUUCCUGCUCUUCUUUGACGCCUCAAGGUCCAUUGGCCUCCUCUUCGUGUCCUACUUCCACUGCAUGAAUUCCCAGCUCUUCAGCAUUGGUAUGUUCCCCUACGUCAUGCUGGCCAGCAGCCCUCUCUUCUGCUCUCCCGAGUGGCCUCGGAAGCUGGUGGCUCACUGCCCAAAAAGGCUGCAAGAACUGCUGCCCCUCAGGACUGCCCCCCAGCCCAGUGCUUCCUGCGUGUAUAAGAGGAGCCGGGCCAAAGGUGGUCAGAAGCCAGGGCUGCGCCAUCGGCUGGGCGCCGCCUUCACCCUGCUCUACCUCCUAGAGCAGCUCUUCCUGCCCUAUUCCCAUUUCCUCACCCAGGGCUAUAACAACUGGACAAAUGGGCUGUACGGCUAUUCCUGGGACAUGAUGGUGCACUCCCGCUCCCACCAGCACGUGAAGAUCACCUACCGUGAUGGCCGCACCGGCGAGCUGGGCUACCUCAACCCUGGGGUAUUCACACAGAGCCGGCGUUGGAAGGAUCAUGCGGACAUGCUGAAGCAAUAUGCCACUUGCCUGAGCCACCUGCUUCCCAAGUACAAUGUCACUGAGCCCCAGAUCUUCUUUGAUAUUUGGGUCUCCAUCAAUGACCGCUUCCAGCAGAGGAUUUUUGACCCUCGUGUGGACAUCGUGCAGGCUACCUGGUCCCCCUUCCAGCGUACACCUUGGCUGCAGCCGCUACUGAUGGACCUGUCUCCCUGGAGAACCAAAUUACAGGAAAUCAAGAGCAGCCUGGACAACCACACCGAAGUGGUCUUCAUCGCAGAUUUCCCUGGGCUGCACCUGGAGAACUUUGUGAGCGAAGACCUGGGCAACACUAGCAUCCAGCUGCUGCAGGGGGAGGUAACUGUGGAGCUGGUGGCAGAACAGAAGAACCAGACUCUUCAGGAGGGAGAAAAAAUGCAGUUGCCUGCUGGUGAGUACCAUAAGGUGUAUACAGUGUCGCCCAGUCCUUCCUGCUACAUGUACAUCUAUGUCAACACUACAGAGCUUGCACUGGAGCAAGACCUGGCAUACCUGCAAGAAUUGAAGGAGAAGGUGGAGAAUGGAAGUGAAACAGAGCCUCUGCCUCCAGAGCUGCAACCUCUGCUGGAAGGGGAAGUCAAAGGGGGCCCUGAGCCAACACCGCUGGUUCAGACCUUUCUUAGACGCCAGCAAAGGCUCCAGGAGAUCGAACGCCGGCGAAAUGCCCCUUUCCACGAGCGACUCCUCCGCUUUUUGCUGCGAAAGCUCUAUGUCUUUCGCCGCAGCUUUCUGAUGACUUGUAUCUCACUUCGAAAUCUGGUAUUAGGCCGCCCUUCCCUGGAGCAGCUGGCCCAAGAGGUGACUUACGCGAACUUGCGACCCUUUGAGCCAGUUGGAGAGCCGAGUCCUUCAAACACAGAUUCUUCAAAUCCUCAUCCUUCUGAGCCAAAUGCUGACCCUGUUCACUCAGAGUUCUGAGGGAGGCCAGGUGUUGGGUAUAGAUGUAGGAGCAGCCGGUCACAAGACCAUUACCUAUGCAGUGGACAUCCGAAAAAAUUACUUCAGAUUUUUUUUACGUUUUUCUUCCUUAUCCAUAGCUCUGAUAAAUUCAGAGGUGAUAGAUUAGAGGAACCAAGGAGGUAACGCAAGGAUAAGAUUUAUCAAUCCAAGGCUGAGGGGCUUGGGGAGUUAAAAAACAACGUGAAAAUGUCUUUCUAGGAUGAAAGGGUAAGGAUCAGGUUUAAAGUGACUGGCUCCUUGGUGAAGGAGAUUUAAUGUUCCGUGAUGAAAAUAAUUGCUGGCUGUUCUCAAGUGCUUGCCAGAUGCUAGGCACUGCGUGAAGCACUGUGCCAGCAUUAUUACAUUUAGUCCUUAACGGCCAUAAGCCCUAUUCUAUGGUUGGGGAAACUGAGGCUGAGAGGUAAUAUAAUUUGCUCAUAAGACAUAUACCUAAUAAGGGAUGGACUGAUGGUUUGAACCUCAAGUCUGUUUGACUUAAGGUCCUGCACCCUGCUGCUUGUAAUUUUCAGAAUCCUUGACAAUAAUUCUGAAAUAACGUAGCUUAAAACUUGUCCAAUUAUAAAGUAUGAUUAGGAUGGUGAUCAGGUUUUAAAUGCACACAGAAUAAUUUUCUCUUCACUGCAAUUUUGGUUCCUUCUUUGUUCCUAUUAUUUAUACACCCAGUACGUUUUUCACUAGCAGUCAUGAGCAUAGUUAGACUAUCACAGGGUUAAACAAAUAACGAAAUUUAGGUGAUUAGUAGUGGUAUUUAUCUACAAAUAAGCUUAGUAUUUAGCAUUAUUCUAGCCUUUAAUGAGCAGGAGGUGAUGUAAAGUAAGAUUUAACCAAAAGUGAUGAGGGAUUAGGGAAUGUUUACAGUCACUUUGUAGACUUUGGAUGUAGAAAGCUUGGAUGUGAUUCAGGAGGAUCCUCAAUUCUGUGAAAAUUCAAAGGCCUGGUCCUGGGCUAGGAAGUUAGAAUGCAUAGAGUAAUUAAAAAGAAAAAGACAAACAAACUAAAAAACAGGCCCUGCUUGGGAGCUCAUGGUCUUCAGGCAGAGACCGUCAGUAGACUGGCAGUCCCAGUAACUUUGAUAAAGGAUCGCAUCUGUUUUCAGGCUUCUCUUCUCUCCCCAUGCUCCGCUCCACCCAGUCUCAGGGUUCUUUCCUAGGCAGCUGCCUUUUCACUGUACACACUUGGGAUGAUUAUGUCUAUUCCAUGGUUUCCAGUGAUGCUGCUGCUUAGGUUUCUUUCCUGUGCCCUAGACCUGUGUAUCUAACUAGCUCCAGCUGGAUAUCCUACAGAGCUUUCAAACUCUGUCAUAAACAGAACUUGCAUUCAUCCCCAACUCAGGCUUGCGUCUCCUUUAUUAGUGAAUGGCAACUGUUUUUUUUUUUUUUAACCAAGCCAUCUGUGAGUCAUCAGCCUUGACUCUUCCCUUUUCCUCACAUUUCUUAAGAUUUCAAGUCCCAUUAAUUCUACCUCUUACUUCUUGGACCUAUUGAAUUCAUCUCUACCACCUCUGUUCUUUCAGCCUUUAUACUGGAAUCCAAUUAGGAACAGACCAGAGCAGGGCUGCCAUGUAGUUGUGCAGGUUGGGCCUGAAUAUGGGCACCCAGCUGAGGCCAAGUGGGGCCUGAGUUAAGUCCCUCUGAUUCAUACAAGGCAUUUUGUGGGUCAGUGAUGGCUGUGCCACAGGGCAUCUUGCACCGAUGUAGGGCAAACACUGGUUUUCAGUCCUUUUGCAGAUCUCAGCAACACGAUACACCUUGGCACCAUGUCCUUCCCCGCAACCGCUGCCCACACCCUCCUUUUUACUUGGUUUAAAAAAAAAAAAAACCUCUUUUUCACUUCAGAAGGAAACUCCUGCAAAAAGUUAUCUUUCUUAAUACAGGCAAGGAUGCUGCUUUCCUCCAACCUGUCUUAUUUUCCAAAUGAAAAUGUUGGGGUGGGAUGAAGAAAGGUGCUAGUCUAAUACUGGUUAAGAAAAGCUGUUCACUGGUGAAAAUCUGGGUUAUUCAGGUUUCAGGAGUAUUCAGGCCCUGGUAAUUAAUGUCCCUUUCGCCAGAAGGCUUUGCAUCCUACCCCAAGCAUUUAGAUCUUCUGUCCCUGACCAGUGUCAUCCCCCUUGAAACUCUCUAAAGUAUGAUUUUCAACUUAAACAUGAAAUAGGACAUUUCCUUCCAUGAACACUUUAUGCUUUUGAUUCUCAGCUGUAAUCACCUUCACCCCUUGCUGUUCCAUGCCUUUGCUUCUACUGUCCUCCCUCAGCUGGUUAAUCCCCACCUCCACCCCAGGGCUAGGCAGAGGACAAGACACCUUGAAGGUCACUCUCUUUAGUCUGCCAGCUCCUUGAGAGCAGGGGUCAUCCUAGUAAAUAAAUAUUGAACCGAACCUCAAAGCAGUUCUCUUUCUGGUGUUACUUCACCAGCAUACAGGCACGUACUCAUCCUCAUCCCCCCCCCCACCCCGUUUGGUCAAGAUGGUUAACUUAUCUUUAGAUAGCAAUGCAGUGGCAUCUAAAGGCUUCUUGAAACUUUUUCUGGAGUUUUUCAAUGUCAUGCAAAGUUGAACUUCUCAAGUUUCAGAGCAGGCAGGUCAGAAGAUUUAACCUUGCCUUCCCUCCCAAAUAUGUUUCUAAACUUCUAAGCCUCCAGGCAACCAGGUAUAAGCAUUCCUUGGGCCUCACGUCUGCAACAGCAGAGCACAGUGAAGUGUUUGAACCACUUGAUCUCAUAGGUGCUGGUACGAACAUGUGCCAAGUGGCUGCUAGGCUCAAUCAAGGAAGGAUGGUCCAAACUCUGGCUGAUAAACCUCCUACAAUUUUAGAAUAAGCCUUUGGGAACUUGUUUAAAUUUCAUUUUGACUCAUUCAUUGUAUAAGAUAUAUUGGAAACUAGUCCCUCUCACCACUGUUUAAAACAUGUAACUUGCAGCCUUUAAUACCUGUUUAUAUAAAAGGGAAACUUAAGGCAUUAAACUGUUUCUACAUUUUCAAAAA